CACCGCGGAAGCAGGAUGGGCCGGCAGCUGCUGGCCUUCUGCCUGGCGCUUAUCGGCUUCAUGGGCACCAUCCUGAUCUGCGCGCUGCCCAUGUGGAAGGUGACUGCCUUCGUGGGUGCCAACAUCGUCACGUCGCAGGUGUUCUGGGAGGGCCUGUGGAUGAACUGCGUGAUCCAGAGCACGGGUCACCUGCAGUGCAAGGCCUACGACUCUGUACUGGCACUGCCACAGGACCUGCAGGCCUCGCGCGCCCUCGUCUGCGUCUCCAUCGCUGUCGCCGUGGUGGCCAUAUCCCUGAGUGUGCUCGGGGCCCAGUGCACGAACUUCUACAGGGACGAGAGGAUCACCAAGGACCAGCUGGGUCUCUCAGCAGGGAUCGUGUUCAUGGUGGCCGGCGUACUGUGCAUCGUGCCCGUCAGCUGGUCAGCUUACACCAUCAUCACGGGAUUCUACAAUCCCCUGGCCACGCAGGAGAGGCGAGGGGAGCUGGGGGCCUCCAUGUACGUGGGCUGGGUGUCCGGCUUCCUCCUCUUCCUGGGGGGAGGGAUGAUCUGCAGCACCUACUCUCACAGAUGCUGCUGAGGAGUAACUAAUGCCUGAGAUUAAACAAUGAACUAUGAUGAACUGAAACUGGAGUGAACUGGACCUCCAGUUAAAAUGGCUGGAACGUAUUCAUGAGGACAAAGUUUUGCAAGUUUUUCAGAGAUGUUUCUUUUUUUUGCCAGAUGUUCUUGACCUCAACAUUGCUAAAAUAAAUAGGCAAAUGUUAACAGUUUUCUGGGCCACUAUGUGAUGGCAACCUGUGAUGACAAUGAUAUGAUGUUUACCUUAGACUGUGGAUGUCACAGACAGGUCAGAGACAUCAGAUGCUCCUGUUUAAGAAGGGGGUUGUAAAAAUGCUGAUACUGAUAACGUCAGAAUGGAUUUACUGCACUAGGCUGAUUUAAAAAACCAAGCUAUAAUAGGACAUAUACAGUAUAAUCAACAUUAAGCCAGAUGUAUUAGUAAAUGUUUACAAAACUAUUUUGUACAUUUAAAUUUCUACCUUUGUAUCAAAAUAUAACUAUAAUUCUAUUUGAGGUAACAAACAUUUAAAGUAAUACUUCAUUCUACUCUUCAGUCAUAUUAAGGUGUCAUCUAGUUAUGCAUUGUGAGAGGAAAUGUCUAAUUACAUUAGUUCUUGCCAUGACCUGAUUUUGUGCCAUAUGCUAGUAAGACAUCCAAUCUCAUGUGAUCUGCCAUUACAGUGACUGAUAAUGAUAGCAUUACUGUUUUCUA